CCCUCCCUUGCCACCCCGUCGAGACUCGUUUGGAGUGAGGAAAAUAACCCACGAGCUUGUCUCUUUCAUUGACGAGGCAGUUGGGACACUUGAGUCGUUGGUAUUGUGUGCGUCCGGUCAAGAGCAGUCGCCGCCGCACGGAAUUCCUGCAUUGCUCAAACAGCGAUUUAUACGAGCGAGCAAAACUUCCAUUCACAACACCGGUGCUUUCCUGUUCAAUGGCGUACUUGCGGAUCGUUUCGCAGCGAAUUUGCACGACAAGGAAACUCGCGUCCAACUCGCCCUUGGUGCAGUUUGUGCCGAGCACCUUCAAGUCGACGCACGCCAUCAAUGUAGAGGCUGCGAUCAACCCCAAGUCGGACGAGAACAGCAACCCGCCGCGCGACCCCCUCGACCAAAACUUCACCGAUUGCCAGGCCGCAUUCAAGAGCAAAACGACAUGGGAAAUCCUCAGGGCCUACAUUGUCUACACGCUCUGCUCCUCCACCUACCUGGUCGAGAACAACAUGCAGAUAAUGAAAAUAAGCCAGAAGAUCCUGGGUAACAGGCUGUUCAACUGGUUCAUGAAGGGAACCUUCUACGGCCACUUUGUUGCUGGUGAGGAUCAGGUGACGAUCAAGCCGACCAUCGACAGGUUGCGUUCCUUUGGGGUCAAGUCCAUUCUCGACUACUCGGUGGAGGAGGACAUCAGCACUGAAGAAGCGCAGAGACGAGAAACUGAGAUUCACGAUGGGUCAUGCGUGUCUGAAGCUGGAGAUGACAACUCUCAGGGAACCAUAAAAAGGUACCACAGCCACCAAGAAUUUGCGGACCGACGAUACAAAGUUGACAGCGCUCGAACUUACUUCUAUCUCAACGAGGCCCAGUGCGAAAGGAACAUGGAAAUAUUCAUGAAGUGCUUGGAAGCUGUUUCAGGGACCACUGGUGCCACUGGUAUUACCGCAGUUAAGCUGACGGCCUUAGGAAGACCCCAACUUUUGUUGCAAUUGUCAGAGGUCAUUAUGAGAGCCCGUCGCUACUUCGAAGAGUUGACUGGUCAUCACGGAAGCAUCAUUGGCCAUAACGUUAAGCCCGAAGAUUUAGCAGAGAAAUUCGGCAAAGCCAGGCUGAUCAAUGAUGUGCAAGUCCAGCAUUUCCUAGACAAACUCACCUACGACAAGAAAGGCGUCAUCCAUUUGUUCCCCUGGUCGGGAAUCAUUGACGAAGACGCCCAGCUGAGUGACACUUUUAGACUGCCUGAUCUGAAAACAGGCCGGAUGGUUCGUCUCAUAUCGCAGCUGACCCCUAAAGAAGAGGAAAUGUUCCGCAACAUGAUUCGCCGCAUUGAUACCCUCUGCAGAUUUGCUAAAGAGUUGGACGUCCGCAUCAUGGUAGAUGCUGAGCAGACCUACUUCCAGCCAGCCAUCACCCGAAUCACCCUGGAAAUGAUGAGGAAACACAACAAGGAAAAGGCCAUCAUGUUCAACACAUACCAGUGCUACCUCAAAGAGGCUUUCAACAAUGUCAGCACCGACUUGGAACAGGCAAAGCGACAGAAUUUCUAUUUCGGAGCAAAGCUUGUACGAGGCGCUUACCUAGAGCAGGAACGAGCCAGAGCUGAAGCUCUAGGGUACGAAGACCCGACAAAUCCUUCCUUCGAGGCAACAUCAGAUAUGUACUAUAAGACUUUGAGCGAGUGCUUGAGGCGCAUCAAGGAUGGCAAGUCUAAAGGAGAGGGUAAAAAGAUUGCAAUCAUGGUGGCUAGUCACAAUGAAGACACAGUCCGUUUCACUCUUAAUGCAAUGAAGGAGUAUGGAAUUUCUCCGGAGGACAAAGUCAUUUGCUUUGGACAGUUGCUAGGCAUGUGUGAUUACAUAACCUUCCCACUUGGUCAAUCUGGUUACUCAGUGUACAAAUACAUCCCAUACGGACCGGUGAACGAAGUUCUGCCAUACCUUUCCCGCCGAGCUCAAGAAAACAAGGGCAUUUUGAAGAAGAUCAAGAAAGAAAAGGCACUUCUUUUCAAGGAACUCACAAGGCGAAUGUUGAAGGGUCAGUUGUACUACACACCGAACGGUAAUUACAGGCCCAUCUAAGCGGAAAAAGCAGUAAUGUGAUCCCCCUUUUAACAAGAUGUUAAAAUAAUUAUAAGAAGCUCCUCAUCAGUGUGAUUAAACUACUAGUUAAUUACAAUGUAAACGAGUUCCACAGAACAACACAGUAGUGACAUUGGUGGGAUGAUUGUCGAGUAUUAUCAAAUGUUAACAAAAAUAGUACUUAAAAAAAGAUAUUGCAAAGAGACGAAUGAAGGAAGAGACACGAUGUUGGCCUGUCAUAUCUUGUAAUGUACUUAGCAUAAUCAAUUUAGAAGAAAAAGACACAAAACUCCAUUAUCAACUCUUUUUUUAAAUCCUGGAGAUUGAACUGACAAUUUGAAAGCAUUAUUGCAUGAUCAAAGAGAUUUCUUGCCAACGCCCAUUUUUAAUUUGAAAAGUUUCCAAGCCCCAGCUAUCCUUUGGAAACAAGGAAAUUGAGCUUGCAACUUCCGUUAAAUUUCAACAAUUUGCAGAUGGAUGUUGAAAUGUUGUAAUUUCUUUAUUAUUGUAACUUAAAAUAACAGUAUUAUCAUUUCUGAUUCAUAAACAGGGCGUGCUUGUCAACACAGAUCUCUGAUUUCUUGAUGUACGAAUCUCUUGAUCAUUUUUGCCAAGAGGCCUACACAGAAAAUCCCUCAACCGGGAAAAACUGGAAGCUCGCGCAGAGAAAACAUUAAGUACUUAUCGAAGUAUAUAAUAUUUUGAGAGAGAGAAAAAGAAAUACUAUAUUUUUGUGCUGAAUCUCGUGGUAUGAUUGGCACACUGAAAAGUAUUAUUUUGAAGCGAAUUCUUUUUUGAAUUUUCAGUCAUGUUAUUUAUUUCUCUUUAUAGAAAACAAAACAUUUUAAGCUAAAAAUAUUAGUUUUAAGUCUUGGACUAGAUCAUUAAUUCUUGCUAGCUGAACACGCAACACAAUAGAGAAAUAAACUCACUUCAAGUGCUAAAAUCAUUCCUCUGUUGAACAAGUGUGUUUUGGGGUUGCCUUGUGCUAUUCGUCAAAAUCAGAAUUAACUUUUAAACUAGGGUUAAGCAGAAAUUUUUAAGUAUCGAAUUAACAACUAUUCUUGCCAAUGGAAAGUCAUUUUACUCUAUAUACGUACUUAUUUUAUAAUUUUUAAAUUUCACGUACUUGUAUAAUUGAGAGGCAACCCUGACCAAACUCUGAAUUUUGCCGUACAUUCAUAAAACAGUGCCCUGGACAUUUAACAUAAUUCUCUUUCCUGCCAGCCAACUAGUCGAAUUUCUGUAUCCAAAAAGCAAAUCCCCCAAGUGCAUUUCAUUAAUUUUUUGUAACAAUCCUUGCAUUUAGAUUGUUAAACUUGUGAGUUAUUCAAAUGAAGUGCUGUACUCGAGAGAAUUAUCAUUUUGUCUAAAAGCAGGGUGUGAUUUGUGUUUUUAUUCAUUAACAAAAUUGUACACACAAUUAAAGGAUCCGUCAUGUAAUGGUAAUGAAGAAUAAGAGUGAUAUGUCCGAGACAAUAAAAAU